GGGUAACCUCAAUUAGGUCCUAAGUUUCAUUGUUUUCAUAUUGUUUAAAGAAGCAGGAUUAUUUUGCUGAGCCUCUGGAAGUGGGGCCCGUUCCUUGGUUGGACGAUUUCCACUGAAAUCCACAGAGGCACACAUUAUUAGUCAACAGGGGCCACAGUCCAGUUUUCAAAGAGCCUUUUUUCCUCAUGAGAAAUACCAGAAAACACAAGGUCUGUAAGCACAGCCCCACUUGGCUCUUUCUGGCAUGAAACUCCUCCCUGAAUCACAUGUAAGAAGGAGAAAAGGCUCAGGAUGUGCCAUCGCAUCAUGAUAGUGAUUAUUUUAUUUAAUCAGAACGACUUGAGCAACCUCUGAAUGGACGUUGGCACUUCCUGCAGAUACACUGGUGGAGCUUCAUAAUGGCUGAUUGGGACUAUGACUAUCUGAUCAAACUGCUGGCUCUGGGGGACUCGGGGGUGGGAAAGACCACCUUCCUCCACAGGUACACCGACAACAAAUUCAACCGCAAGUUCACAACUACAGUGGGCAUUGACUUCAGGGAAAAGAGAGUGAUGUACACAGGGACAGGUGCUGAUGGGACCACUGAGAGAAAUUUCAAAGUCCACCUACAGCUUUGGGAUACAGCAGGACAAGAGAGGUUCCGCAGCCUCACUACAGCUUUCUUUAGAGACGCCAUGGGUUUCCUGCUGAUGUUCGACUUGACUAAUCAGCAAAGUUUCCUCAACGUCAGGAGCUGGAUGAGUCAGCUACAGGCCAACGCGUACUGUGAUAGUCCAGACAUCGUGUUGGUGGGCACCAAGGCAGACCUCCGAGAUAUGAAGGAUGUUCACACCAGACAGGCCAGAAAUCUGGCAGAUAGAUACGGCAUUCCCUACUUUGAGACGAGUGCAGUGACGGGUGUUGAUGUGGACCAUGCAGUGACCACCCUGCUGGAUCUUGUAAUGAAGAGGAUGGAGCAGAGCACUUAUGGGGGCCGCGUCUCUGAACCAAACGGCAGCCCCGUCGCCAGCAAUGAAGUGGAGGAGGCCCCUGUCAGGAGGAGGUGCUGCUGAUGUUGCCACCAGCAGCCACUCUUUUCACAAUUGCCCCAGCUAACACUGCAUGUUACUAUGUUACUGUUUUAUGGAGCUUGACUAGGGUGCCUGCUAGGUGAGGCAGAAGAUUAUUAGAGAUCAUAAAAUCAGCUUAAAUGUGAUCAAUACUUGAGAGGACUUGAACUGUGGAGAUCUGGCCCAUUUCACUUAAAGCAAUAUUGUUAUUACAGUGUGAAUCCCUCUUUUGGUAUUUGCUCUCUGUAAUGUUAUUUAUUCACAGCCUGCUGUUAACGGAGUAAGAGGAGGGAGAGGAAGAUUACAAGACUUUAAAGUUUGUAUAUUGUAACUGAAUAUAGGUAUAACUGUAAAAAUGGCGGUUUUAAAGACACACACAAAAAACAACAACUGAUUUAUCAUCUUCAAAUGGAUCAUAUCAGAGAAAAAUACUGUUUUUAUUUGACACACUUAGGCAUUGAUGGAAGGAAUAUGCAGGCACAUAACGUAUAUUUAUCAUGGAGUAUAAUCAAAAACAUUUAAGACAUGGUUACAUUUCUUUUAUGGAUAAUUGUUUUUGUUAGAACAACCAAGAUAGCAAAGUCCCUUACAUGAUUUAUGACUUUUAUACGACAUGUACAUAAGCAGCCAAGCUUUUUUAUGCAUUAUGGAACAAAGUUGCCAUGCAGAUAAAACACAAGUACAAGAAUGUUAAAGGGUUGUUGGAACGAAUCCUGUAUAGUGCUGCAUUUGGAAUAAAGACAUUAUAUGUGUUUAGGUUAUGUAUGUCACGGUCUUGUCAUUUAAAUGUAAAUGCACAAAAAGUUAUACUGACUGGAAUUACAAUCCUCACAGAUGUUGUUAGCAUCAUUAUCAUUUAGACACAUUCUACACAUCGACUUUGAAAGUGAGGAGAAACUUUUUGUAGGAGGAAAAUGUCCAGCAUUCAUGUCAGCGCCAGUGAAUUUUUCAAACAAAUCGAUCUAUAGGAGAACAAUCAUGGAGUCACAAAUAAAUUCCACUACAUUACUUCGGUUCAAGCCAUAAAAGCAAAAGUUUGAAAUAAUUUUCUGUGCCACAAAAAGUGAUAUUCAACAGCAAAUUCAACAUCAAAUAAGGGAUAUUCCACUUCUUCUACAAUAAUACUUGCGGUUAGUUUUCACAUAGUGUCCAACAUCCCAAAUCAAUCUGUAUCAAGCUAAAGCAACAUUUUUCCUCUAAACACAUGGUCUUUGGUGUAUCUACAAAACAUUCCUAAUGAAGGGACUAAAGAACUUAUUCUUAAAUGUACACAUCUAUGACAUCAAUUAAAUUGUUUAAAAAUCAGCUAUUCAAACGUUUUUCAUCAGAUAUGUGUUUUCAUGGUUGUUGUGGUGACUGCACUGUGAUUUGGAGACGAGAUAUAAAAAUUUAGUAUCUGAAAUGUUCAUCUUGCCUAAGGAGACAGACAAAAAACACUUUGUGUAGGACUCGAUGGCAAGCAAAGGCCUGCCAUCUGAAUGAGCACAAGAGCACACUACAUCUGGUAAAUGUGAAUGCCUUGCCCUGUGUAUUAAACCUCUGCCUAAACCAGAAUUUGCAAGAAGGAGCACAUGUUGCAGAGUCAUGAGAUGGUCAUGUGGCCAGCUUUUACAGUUUGGGCUCAGACAUCCUGAACCCCACAUCCACCAAUCUGCUUCAGUCUGGCAUGAUAGGGUGGACUGUUUUUGAGAAAGAUUAUCGACAUGUACAAAAAAUAAAGCUUGUUCAUUUUUAAGUUGAUCUGUAGAGGUUUGGUCCCAUGUGGAAUAUAGCAGUAGUGUUAUUUUAUAUCCUUCAAAUAUCUCUCAUACAAAGACACUGGUGAUAUUCUUAAGGAAUACACCAUCAGGAAUACAAACAAUAGCAAAGAACUAAAUAUUACCUUCAAAACAAUCUUCAAAAAGGUUGUAUAAAACUAGCCUAAAAGAUUUGUUAGUGCCUCACAUGCAAUGCCAUUUAAAUGGAUCAUGCUCUUUAUACAAGAUGCAGUAAAUCAUGUAACAUUCAUUCAUUCCUCUGUUUUAUGUCACAAAUAUUGGAACUGAUAUGGUUAUAUCAUCAGUAAAUCACUUUCCCCAUUCAACAAAGGCUCUAUAAUGAAUAGUGUGGUCUCUUUGUUAAUAUUUUCAGAAUUGAAAUAGUAAUUGAAACCUCAAGAUUUGUUGUUGGUACCUAAAUAAUUGAAGAAACUGCGUCCAAAAUGUUAUAUUUCCUGAUGUUUUAGCCACGCUAGCAAUUUAGGUUACAGGAUGGUCCUAGUCUGGUACCAAUCUAGUCAAACUUGAUAUUUUUAUCCUAUUAUUGGUGAGCAUUACAAAAUAUUGUCUACAUUUUUCAUUGAUGCAACAAUUUUUUUCCCUGUUAAUUGUAAAUUCAAAUUUAGCUUGUGAAGAUUCACACAUCACACUUUUCACCACAGAAAACUAGUUCUUACAUAAAUAUUAGUUUCUAAUAGUAACUUAUUACUAUUAGUAGUAGUAGUUACUAAUGGUAGUUACUAACUCCAUUUAUUUACACCUGCUGAACUGCCAGCUGUAAUUGUUGCACAGCUAACUGAAUCAACUGACAUUGACAAACUAAUGUCAUCUUGCUUGUAUAUGAGAUUUAGACUUAAAGGUCAGGUGUGUAGCAUUUAGUAUCUAUUGAGUUAGGGUUGAAGAUUGCAAGCAACCUUUCAAACACAAAGGAGAAACCUUGGUGGCCAUUAAACUCACAAAAAGUGUAAAAGGCCCUCUCUAGAGCCAGUGGCUGGUUUAUCCAUUUAGGGAUACUGUACAUGGUGCUACUGUGGAAGAGGACACUCUCUCUGUAGGUAUAAAGGGCUAAUUCUAUGGUAACAAAAACACAAUGAUUGGUAUUUUCAGGUGAUUAUACUAAUAAAAACAUAGUUAUGCAUAUUAUGUUCCAUUUCUUCCACAUUCUGCCAACAGAUCCCACUAAAUGUUACACACUGGACCUUUAAGAGUAAAAGAGAUGAUGGAAUUCGGUUGACGCACAGCUGUGAAAUGAUGUACACUUGGGAAAUUUUAAAUUGCACUUUGCAAAAUAAUAUAAUACAUCUGAAAUUACAAAAUCCAGUCAGUAAUGUUAUACUAAAUGACCGAAUAACACGUUAUUGAUUUUCCAAUCAUGCUAAUCUGAUGACUAUCUUAACUGAGAAAUAUAAAUAUACAUAUAUCUCUGUAUGCAUAUAAAAUAAAGUCAUUCCUACAUUUCCAUUGGACGAGGAGAUGUAUGCACCCAAUAACUACCUUUGGAAGUUAGAUCACAGCUUACAAUAAUUCAUUUACAAGCAAAGAUAUUGGGUUUUAAAGGAAUAUUUCAAUAGUAUGCUUGUUUCCUUUCUCGCAAGAGUUCGUUGAGAAAAUCGCCAUAGAAUGAUGCUGCAACUAGCAGCUAGCUAGCUAGGCAUAAACACUGGAAAUAGAGGAAACAGCUAGCCUGGAUCUGUCUUAAGAUAACCAAAUCUGACUACCAGAACCCCUAACGCUAACUAUUGUUAUAUCGUUUUUGUUCUAAAUACAAAAAAAAAAAAAAA